AUGAUUUUAAAAAAAUGGCUAGUCAAAAGUGAAAGGAUAAAGAGUAAGAGUACUAUUCCUGCUGUUGAUGUAAGGCCUAAAAACACUUCCCAAGAGCUACUAGAAAGUGAAAUAAGACGUCAUAACUCUAGUAUACGUCCAGGCAUAGUAAAUGAUCUUUCGUUAUUGAAUAAGGGGGAAAAGGAGAACGAUGAAGGUAAACAAUUGGAGAUAGAAUCAUCAAGUCCAUCUAUUGAUGAUUUGGCGCUUCAUGACUAUAAUGAAACUACUCUACAAUAUCCACUUGAACUUAAUCCGUUGCUAAAGCAAAAUAUAUAUCCGAGAGAAGGUUCAGGGGCCUCUGGAAUGUUGGUAUAUGGUAACGGACUAGCUAAAGUGUUCGGAUUAGAGAACUUUGGUAAUACAUGUUACUGUAAUUCUAUAUUACAAUGCCUAUUUAAUCUAGAGGAGUUCAGGGUAAAUGUAUUGCAAUACCCGCAGCGCGGGGAACCUUCCGUAAGAAGACGAAAAUUGGAUACGGUAAGUACGAAAUCCAGGAAAUUUGGGAAUGCGAAUGCUUCUUUUUCCUAUGUGCCUGGUAAUGCAGCGAAAACUUAUCAAUCUAAUGGUAGCUGUUUCUGUAAUAAUGUUUCAGAGGAGUCAAGGCCGAACAAUUCGUCUCCAUCGCCUACAAGCAAGAGCUUUUCCAGACGAAGUUGGAACAAUAUGCUUAAGACCGGUGAGGCAAGACAGGAACCAGACAAGAUUGAAAAUGAGAAUGAGAAUAUGUCCGCUGAUAGCUCUAAAUAUGGUGUUAAUUCUACUGCUGGCGGAAACGAAUUUGCGAAAGGUGGGGUUUUACCUUCCGGUGAUCAAAUUAAUGGAUGUACGAAACAAAACGAUACUAGUGACGAUCAAUUGAAGUAUUCUGGUACUUCUAAUGACGAAGAGAGCUCCAUAGAUGUUAAAUCGCAUCAGGAGUCAAAAAUAAUAGUUGGACGGACCGUAUGUAAUAUAGGCCACUGUCAGCGAUCAGAUACGGCCGCAAAUUCGGUUCAGCUGCAAACCCGAGUCAUCAACACCUCUUCAUCGAGUUCUUCUUCAUCUUCAGGGAUGAUGGCGGGCUUAGGUUUACAACCGCAGUCACAGCCCUGUAAUUCUACCCUGCCGUUUGGCGUGCCUUCUAUUGAGCAGAGAAAGAAGGCCGCUUUAACAACAGGACCUGUCCUAACCAUUGACCAUUCCUUUCAUCAUGAGUAUUUCCCGAAAGAUGAACCACCCGACCUAUACAGCGCUUUGAAAGACAUUUUCGAGUGCAUAGUUGAGUCAAGGUCAAUGGUAGGGGUGGCGUCACCUAUUUUCUUCGUUGAUGUUUUAAGAAAGGAAAACAUUCUAUUUGACAAACUAAUGCAUCAGGACGCUCACGAAUUCCUUAAUUUCCUUAUGAAUUCGUUAAGUGAGUCUUUACAACAGCAAUUGGACAAAAUGCCUGAUAUGGUCCCCGAGAAUUUCAUUAAGUCUUUAUUUCAAGGUACUAUGACGAAUUCAGUAACAUGUCUAACUUGUGACAGCGUAACUUCUAGUGACGAACCUUUCUUGGAUUUUGCAAUCCCAGUGACUGAGGAUGAAGAGGUAAACAUACAGGACAUGUUGGAAGACUUUCACCAACGAGAAAUGUUGAACGGCGCAAACAAGUUUUAUUGUGACUCAUGCAAUAGUCUUCAGGAAGCCGAGAGGACAGUAGGCCUGAAGCAACUUCCAAAAUUUCUUCUUCUACAUUUAAAGAGAUUCAAGUAUAAUGAACAAUGUCAAUCCAAUAUCAAGCUCUUCAACACCGUUCAUUAUCCAUUAACAUUGAAAGUGUGUUCUACAUUUGAUUCGUCUGUCUGCAAAAACUAUGAAUUGAGAAGCGUCGUAAUUCAUAUGGGAGGCGGUCCACAACAUGGACAUUACGUUACUAUAUGCAAGCAUGACUUAUACGGCUGGCUUUUAUUUGAUGAUGAAACUGUUGAGUCGGUCUCUGAAGAUAGUGUUUUGAAGUACACCGGCGAUCCGAAAGACACUACCGCGGCGUAUGUUUUAUUCUACAAGGAGAUAACAACUCCCGGUAAAGGAACUAAAGUCGACUAUGCUGAUAAUAUAGAGCAAAUGGUUAAAUUUGAUGAUUGGAUAAAACAACAAGGAGUUCCUUCUGUCAGUAAUCAGGCCGUGUUAUCGGAGGAUGUUGCUGAGAAAAAGGAUAGUAACAUAUGGUCCCCACUGAAGAAGAGAACGAAGCUGUUUAGUUUCAAGCGGACAAAGGAUUAA